AACAUUAGUUGUUAACCGGAGAGGUUACAUAGCUCAGGUUUUCUUAACUGCAUUAUUUAUAUUGGUUUAUCUAUUUGAAAGUUUUGUUUUAAAAACUCAAAAUGCCGCGAAUUAUGAUAAAAGGUGGUGUCUGGAGAAACACUGAGGAUGAAAUUCUUAAAGCUGCUGUUAUGAAAUAUGGAAAAAACCAAUGGUCUCGAAUUGCUUCUUUAUUACACCGAAAAUCUGCAAAACAAUGCAAAGCUAGAUGGUUUGAAUGGCUUGAUCCAAGCAUUAAAAAAACUGAGUGGAGUAGAGAGGAAGAUGAAAAAUUAUUGCAUCUUGCAAAGUUAAUGCCUACUCAAUGGCGAACUAUUGCACCGAUUAUAGGUCGUACUGCAGCACAAUGCUUAGAGAGAUACGAAUAUUUACUAGAUCAAGCCCAAAAAAAAGAAGAAGGGGAAGAUGGAGCUGAUGAUCCUAGGAAAUUGAAACCAGGAGAGAUAGACCCCAAUCCUGAAACCAAACCUGCUCGUCCAGAUCCUAAGGAUAUGGAUGAAGAUGAAUUGGAAAUGUUGUCUGAGGCCAGAGCAAGAUUAGCUAACACGCAGGGAAAAAAAGCUAAGAGGAAAGCGAGAGAAAAACAGUUAGAAGAAGCAAGGAGAUUAGCAGCUUUGCAGAAAAGGCGAGAAUUGAGAGCUGCAGGGAUUGAAUAUGCAGCACGCCAUAAGCGUAAAAGAGGCAUCGAUUAUAACGCUGAAGUUCCGUUUGAAAAAAAACCUGCUCCCGGAUUUUACGAUACCAGUAAUGAAGCUAUUGAUCCUCAUGCUCCUAAUUUUAAUAGGCUUCGUCAACAAAAUUUAGAUGGUGAGCUUCGUAGUGAAAAGGAAGAAAGAGAACGUAGGAAAGACAAACAAAAAAUAAAGCAGAGGAAGGAAAAUGACAUGCCUCUUGCGAUGCUGCAGAACCAAGAGCCAGCCAAGAAAAGGAGUAAACUUGUCUUGCCACAACCUCAAAUAUCUGAUCAGGAACUGCAACAAGUUGUGAAGUUAGGAAGAGCUAGUUACGCUGCCCGGGAGGCUGUAACAGAGGGCUCUGAAAGUGCUUCCGACACGCUUCUCAACGAUUAUGCUUUAGCCACACCCAAUGCCGGAUCUACUCCACGUACGCCUGCGCCUACUACUGACAGGAUACUUCAAGAAGCCCAAAAUAUGAUGGCAUUGAGUCAUGUAGAUACUCCACUGAAAGGAGGUUUGAACACACCACUUUAUAACUCAGAGUUUAGUGUUCAUCCACCGUCUGAUCAGAUCACAACACCGAACACUGUACUGACUACGCCGUUUUCUAAUCGAACUCAUGAAGGAAGGACUCCAGGUUUCCAAACUCCACAAGACGUAAGAACCAGCCUCACCACUCCUGUCAGAGAUAAAUUAAACAUUAAUCCAGAGGAAGGUGGUGAUACACCAUAUGCUCCUGUAAAUAAUCAAAAACAGGUAAAAGAGGAACUUGCUGCUCGUCUUAGGUCACUACCACAGCCUAAGAACGAUUAUGAAAUCGUUGUUCCUGAAGAUGAAGUUUCAUCCGAAACAGCUGCAGAGGGUUCUGGUAUGCUAAGUGUUGAAGAUCAAGCUGAUAUCGAUGCUAGAAAUUUGAGUUUCCUUGCUCAACAACGCGAAAAAGAAUUAAAGAGUAGAUCACAGGUAAUUCAACGAGCUUUGCCCAGACCUGGAGACAUCAACAUAGUACUCCGCCCGGCUAAUACAGAUCCACCUCUAACAGAUCUUCAGAAGGCUGAAGAGAUGAUAAAGGAAGAAAUGAUAACAAUGUUACAUUAUGAUGCCAUUCACAGCGGUGAGCCUUCUUCUGCAAGAAAAAUAGGAACUGUAAGUCAGGCACAGCACCUUGCCUAUCUCGAACAACACCCAUACCACACUUACUCAGAAGACCAAAUAGAGAAGGCCAAAGAAAUGCUGAAAGCCGAAAUGGAAGUUGUCAAGCAAGGUAUGAACCAUGGUGAUCUGUCGCUGGAAACAUUUACGCAAGUUUGGGAAGAAUGUUUAGCGCAGGUAUUGUAUUUGCCUAAUCAAAAUAGAUAUACAAGAGCAAAUUUAGCUAGUAAAAAGGACCGUCUGGAGUCUGUGGAAAAGAGACUAGAACAAAAUCGAACACACAUGACCCGAGAGGCAAAAAGAGCAGCGAAAAUGGAACGAAAAAUUAAAAUAAUCACUGGUGGAUAUCAGACUAGAGCUCAGGCACUGAUAAAGCAACUUCAGGAUUUAGCUGACGAGACAGAUAAGGCUCAUAUGGAGCUGUCGACGUUCAAGCUCCUUCAGCAGCAGGAAGAGAAUGCCAUCCCCAAGAGAAUAGAGUCGAUAUCAGAAGACGUAAACAGGCAGCUUGAAAGGGAGAAGAGCUUACAAAAAAGGUUUAGCCAACUUCAGCUGGUUUCGCAAUCAUAAUGGCUUAUUUUAUAUUGAAUAUGCUUUCCUAUCAUCGGUCUUCAUAUCGUCAAUUUAAUUGUAUAUAUUUAUUGUUGCUUGUAAGAUUUUUUUGGUUAUGAAAUGCUAAGCUGAGAAUUUGUUUAUCAAUUAGAAUUAUUGAAAAAAUGUUAUAAAUUUUAGCUUAUGG